GGCGCCUACUACUCAUAAGAAACAGGAUUCUCUCAUGGCGUAAACUGGCAUCGAUUUACUCCUAUCUAGCUAAUCAUGAUUGAUGCCGUUGGGCAGGUCGGCAGCGCCGUUGCCAACGUCAUCGACCACCUCCUCCUCAUCAGCGUCGUCGCCAGAGUCUGCCAAAUCGCCAUUCUCCAGCUCGUCCCCGUGCACCCCGUUGGGGAGCCGGGGGAGCUGCUCUUCCACACUCUCGAAGACGUCUUCAUCCUCGUCUUCGUCGUCUUCGUCUUCAGAUGGAGUGGUUACCGUCCCGUUUGGCGUGUGAAUGCCGUUCGGGAGCGACUCCCGCCGCUCGAAUGCCCGCAUGUCCCAAAUUCGGUCGACACGACGGAGACCAAGACCACCCGAGAGCACGGCGCCCUCGUCUUCUUCCUCGUCUUCAGCAUCAAAGGACUCCUCAUCUCCAUCCUCUUCUUCGUGGUUGACAUUGCCGUUCGUCAGGGUGCCAGUGCCAGUGCCAUUGGUCAUGAACCCAUGGAAUGGGCUGGAGGAGGAGUUGGUGUUGUUGUUGCUGUUGGUGGUGGUGCUGGUGUUGCUGGUGCUGUUGCUGGUGCUGUUGCCGUUGUUGCCGUUGUUGCCGUUGUUGCCGUUGUUGCCGUUGUUGCUUGUGGUGAUGGCGGCGGCGGCAGCGGCGGCGAUAGGCCCCUCAUUGUCAGAGCCGGCGGACGGAUUGUCGCUGUCGUCUGGCAGCGUAAAUCUUGCAACAAGGCCUGCUUUCACCCCCUAGUCAGUUGUUGACAAAGAAGAGAGCGCCCUUGUUUUGAAGCUAGGGAAGUUUGUAGGUCAAAUAUCAGCGCGGCGCUCUACUUACCUUCAACGCCUUGCGUGGAGGAAUUGUCAGAGGAGUCCAUCUUGACUUGAAGAGUGUCGUGGCAGUGGUGGAGAGUAGGAUCAGGGUAGAAGAAGGCAAGGAGGAGUUGGCGCGAAGUAUGUGAAGGUCAGGAUAGAGGGAGUGUUGUGGCAGAGGAAGAGGAGAAGAGGGAAGAAGAGAGCGCGAGACAGCAUAGUGAGCAAAAGACGAAGAGCGACAGCAAGGUCAGUAUUCGCGGACCUGUGUUCACACAUUGAUAGUAUAGGUAGAAGAGAAGCCUUGUGUUCGAGAGUCACAGUGUACCUAUGGCCUCAUUUUCACCUCACUUACCAUAGCAUUGUGUUCGUCCUGUCCCCAUGGUCACCAACUGGGCACCAAUGGACACAUUGGUAGAAACAGAAAAACAAGCAUGAAUGUAUAGAAAGCAAUGAAAGGGAAAAUCAAAGCAUAUGGCUUACCAAGAAGGAUACCUGGUAUGAAUUCA